UCAGAGAAAGUAGGAGAGGGAGGGAAAGAGUUUUUGAGUGAGAGAGUGAGUGAGAGUGGACGGUAUGAAUUCCUAUUUCACGAACUCGUCCCUCUCGUGCCACCUAACCGGAGCUCAUGAGGUUUUGCCGAACGUGGCCCUGUCCAACUCGAGCACCUACGACCCCGUGGUCCGCCAUUUCCCGUCGUCAUAUGGCGCCGCUAACCGGAUGUACCGCGCGCCCUUCUACCCGCCGCAGGAAGAAGUGAUGUUCGGCGCGAGCCGCGCAGCGUACGAAUACGGUCCCAAUGCAUUUUACUCGGACAAAGACGCGAUUUCCGGUUGCAGACAAAGCUUUGCGCAGGAUUUCACAACUUCACCGUCGCUAGAGCAAUGCAGAAGCGCGUGCCAGGAUCCAAAAAGUGGCAGCAUACAGAUUUAUCCCUGGAUGCAAAGGAUGAACUCGCACAGCGGUGUUGGUUAUGGCUCUGACAGGCGCAGAGGUCGUCAGAUUUAUUCCCGAUACCAAACGCUGGAGCUGGAGAAGGAGUUUCACUACAAUCGAUAUUUAACACGGAGAAGAAGAAUCGAGAUCGCCAAUACGCUGUGUUUAACCGAGCGACAGAUUAAAAUCUGGUUUCAGAAUCGCAGGAUGAAAUGGAAAAAAGAGAACAAUCUUACCUCCACGCUAAACGAACAGGAAACACAAAAAGAGGUUACAGAAGGAUCUACUAAUGAUACAAAGGAGUAGAUAUUUUUUUGCAUUAGGCACGUUGUAUAUACACGAAACUACCUAAAACGUGUGCCACAAUUAUGUGUAAUAUUUCAUACAUAUACUAUAUAUUGAAAAUAUGGUUAAAACUACCUACGAAACUACCUGUUGAUUUUUGCCACACAGACUGUUAUGCGCCAUAAUUGUGGCUUUUUCACGUGUACACGCCACAUAUUCCUCAUAUAGAUAAGUAUGGUUAUAUACACAUAUAAGCUACCUGUUGACAUUGCCUUUUGAAUUUUGGUAUGGAUUAAAACCUGUUGGGAAACAGACAAAUUGUUAUAAUUCGUUAUGUACACAUCUACAUAUAUGGAAGGUUGUUUAUAUGAAAUGACAUUGCCUUAGUUGUUUAAAGCCAUGAGACAAAAAAAAUCGAAUAUAAUUGUGUGCCUCGUUCAUGCAUACAAGCAAAUGUUUGGUCAAAUAAACUACCUAAUACCUAACAUGGUAUGAUUUUUAAAUAA